AAAAAAGCGAAGAGCCACACUUACUCUGUUGUCGGAUGGGCUGACAGAACCUUCCCGAGGACACAGCAACUUCCUCAGAUGCCCCCAGAGUCCCUGAGGACAAGGCUUGGGUCACCUUGCAGCCCCGUCACCUGGUCAUCUUCUCAGACCAGACGCUUUUCCUUUGUAUUGUCCCUUAGAGGGUGGCUGGGCUGGCUGCUGCCACCGGACCAUGAGCUGGGACACAUGCAAACCAGCCAAGGGUGAGGCCAAGUGGCCUCCCAGCAGGGCAUUCACACGGGCGAGUCGCCUCCAGGUCCCCUCUCCGUUGUCCUCACCCUUUCUGGUCCCUCCACCAGGAACACGCUGGCCAACAGCUGUGGGACUGGCAUCCGCUCGUCCACCAGCGACCCCAGCCGGAAGCCGCUGGACAGCCGGGUCCUGAACGCUGUGAAACUGUACUGUCAGAACUUCGCCCCCAGCUUCAAGGAGAGCGAGAUGAACGUGAUCGCCGCGGACAUGUGCACCAACGCCCGCCGUGUUCGCAAGCGUUGGCUGCCCAAGAUCAAGUCGAUGCUGCCAGAGGGCGUGGAGAUGUACCGCACGGUCAUGGGCUCCUCGGCGGCCAGUGUGCCCCUUGACCCCGAGUUCCCGCCCGCCGCGGCACAGGUGUUCGAGCAGCGCAUCUAUGCCGAGCGGCGGAGCGACGCGGCCACCAUCGUGGCUCUGAGAACUGACGCCGUGAAUGUUGACCUGAGCACCGCCACCAACCCCGCCUUCGACGCCGGGGAGGAGGUGGAUGGGGCCGGCUCGGUCAUCCAGGAGGUGGCCGCCCCCGAGCCACUGCCCGCCGAUGGCCAGAGCCCCCCACAGCCCUUUGAGCAGGGCGGGGGCAGCCCCAGCAGGCCCCAGACGCCCGCGGCCGCGGCCCGGAGGCCGGAGGGCACCUAUGCAGGGACUUUGUAAGCGGAGCUGGGUGGCUGCGCGAGAGGGACCGAGUACUAGAGCUGCUUGCAUGCGUUACUAAUACAAACAAAUGUGAUCAAGCCACUUACCUACUGAACUGCUACUGUUGCCUGAGAAAAAUGUGAUUUUUAUUCUGCUUGUAUUUAAAAUUGAUGAAGGAAACAAAUGCAUUCAUUAUACUGUAAACAAUUAGGCCACUGGCAGCCUCCUGUGAGGAAGCUCCCAGGGCUCCCUUUUGAUAUUCACAAGGUCAGUCUCCAAGUGUAGCUUCCCUGCCCCUUCUCGGGGAGGGCGGGCCGCCAGGCCCCUGGUGCCCAGCCCUGCCCCUUCCUCCCCGCCCUUCCUGCUCCUUCUGCCCGGAAGGCAAAGCAGGGGCAGUGGCCUGUGGCGGGGGGGGGGGAGGGGGGGGCUGGGGUGUGCGUCACUGACCCUUCCUUCCUUACCCGUGGAACCCAUCUGGGGUAAUGGGGCAGGGCUCAGGCCCCAGGGCCCUAACUCCUUGUUUUUCCUUCUUUCUGAGACUCGGGGCCAGGCCCACCAGGCCUCCCACCUGUGUGGGGUGUGUGCACGAGUGUGUGUGUGUGCGCGUGAGUGCGUGUGCAGGGGAUGUGGCAAGGGGGGCAGUGAUGGCUGUGGCUCACCCUUCAGGGGGUGGAGAAAAGGGUACUUUAUUCUGCCCCCUCACCCCAUCCUUGUUCUGCCCAGUCUGUCUCGGCUCUGCAGCCCCUCGGUCCCCUGACCCCCAGGGCACCGCUGACCCCGCCUGGCCUCCCACUGUCUGCCCGGGCCCACUGUGGGACGUGCACAGCUGAUGGAGCCCACGCCGCCCUCUGCCGCCUCAGCCACUUUGGGAUUAUGCUUGUCUUGUUUUUUUUAGGUUUUGUUGUAAUUUAGAUCUAUUUCAUGUAUGGUUUGGAAACUUUCAGACUCAGUAGAGCAAAAACUUUGGGUGGGAUGGUGUACCUGUCCCCGGCCCAACAGGACUUGGGGCGGGUCAUCUGUGGCAGUCAGGGCGCACCCCCCUGCCCCCCGCCCAGGGCCAGGGACCACUUGUCUCCCACUGGGGGAAAAAGGGGGUCCCGGAUGGGCAACCAGUAUGUGUGAAGCUGAGCUCAGGGUCCGACCUGGGGAGGGGGGCUCCGCUCAGGCAGGAGGCAGCGGCCAGGGCUGGGCCAGGGCGAGAGUGGGUCCUCCCAGUGCUGGGCUCCCCGUCUGGGCUCCCCGUCUGCCUUGGGGGGGUGUGCAUGGAUGGAGGCUGCAGGCAGGAGGUGGCCAAGACAGGUCUGGGCUGGGGCAGUUGGAGGUGUGGGCGCUGGUAGGGGACAGAGGGUUAGGGAUGCAUGUUGGGGGCCAGAGACAGUGGAGGAAAGGCCCAUGGAAGAUGGAGCUGGUAGGUUUUAGGCUGGAGUGCUUCCUUUGAAAUUUAAUUACUAUUUUUUAAGUGGUGGGGGUCACAGACCAUGUGAAGUCCUAUGUGAAGUGCUGGUGUGGCCACCUACCCAGGUGCCUCUCCCUUUUGUUUUGGGGGCCUGGGCCCUUGUCCAGGGGCAGCCCUCCUUCUGAAGUGUGGCCAGAAGAACCCCCCAUCCCAAGACUUGAAAUGUCUGUUGAUCACCUCUGUCCCUCCAGAACUCAGCUUCCCCAUCUGCGUGUGCAAAACAAGUGCAGCGCUGUACCCGUCAGCACACCCUCCCGUGUGCACACAGGCCGGUGAGCGGUGGCCGACCAGCACAGCCCACUCCCCCAACCUCCACAACCCGUCAAGUGGAGGCCGCCCCCGCUAGGGGAGGACCAUGUGCUGCACCCUGGCUUGGGGACCUACAGGGUGUGGGUUAGACGCAUUCCCACUGGGUGACCCCUUUCUGCCCCAGAGCCCGCCCCUAUGGCAAGGCCCUGGGAGACCUCCCGUGGGGCCGCCUCUAUAGACUGCACUCAGCCCCCUGGGCUUCCUCCAGCCAGACCCAGCACGUGCCUGCCCUCUAGAAAACUACGUUGCUUUCCAGAAGGAGGUGGGGGACCAUGGGCAGACACUAUGGACACUAACCUCGGCCCCUCCACCCGUUCCUCAGGGCCCAAGUCCAGGGAGACCAAGGCCUGCAUUCCUAGGGCCGGAGGUGGAUCAGUGGUGCAGAGGCAUGACCUCCUGCUGAACUCAGAACCACCCAGCCUAGAGGGAGCCCCUCUCUGCCUCUUCCUCCCCUGUCUUGGGCCCAGGUGGGGUUGGAGCCCGCAUGGGGCCCACUGGGAACCUGGACCAAACCUUCCUUGGAGCUGGGAGGAAGCGGGGGCAGGUAGGUGAGGUUGAGCUGCACUUCAGUUCCCUCUGGAGUUUCCUGCAUCUGCCCCACACCCAAAUUUGCACUUUAAUUUGACCAUCCCUGGGGGCCUGGCUGCUGACAGAAGGGCUCUCUCCGCCCUCCACUCCAAAGUGGGUGCCCCCCACCCUUGGCCAGGACAGGGAGGGAGCCGCUGGCCACUGCCGGAGGUGGUGGCUGCACAGAGGACGCCUGACUGCUGCUCAGGCCUGCACAAUGUCCCGUGGCCCCUUCCUCACUCGUUUGUAAUCGCCGUCUGUUCUGUUGUUCUGGGUAAGGAAGGCAAGAGCUAUAGGUAAAACUUAAAUAAUAAUAAUUUAAUGUGAAUGGGUUCUGAGCUCUCCCUGCGCCCCGGGCGGGCCAGGCUGAGCAUUUUGCACUAAUGUGUCCCACGGUGGGCGUGAGUCGGGAGUGUCUGCGGACGUGCAUGGCUGCUGAGCGGACCUGCCGUGUGCUCCCUCCGCGUCCUGAAUGUACCGUGGGGCGGGGGCGGCGGCCCGGGCUCGGAGGGGCCUUCCAGAGUGCCUUAGCAUCCUUUGAUCAUUUUUCCCAAGGAAACCAAUUAAGAAAACCGGACCCUUCCCUCCUUUGUUUACAAGAUGACUAAUUCCAGAAUCCGGGGUUGUCCUGUCCUGUGAGUGUGACCCUGACUCAUCCAGACCCUGUAGAGAGAGACGAGCCACUCAGUAUUUAUGAGCUGUCCGCACCUUUAUCCCUAAGCCUGACUAUUAGCAAUACGCAUAUCCUAUAUAGAAUCUAUUACAGAGCUACGUUAUCUCCGCACCUUUUAAGGAGGACAGAAGGGACUGGACUGUGUUGGAGCUGUCGCCUGGCAGGUGGUGGGCCUGAUACCUAGCCACCUCUCCUGCCCUGCCCUCCUCUUCCCCAAGGGGAUGGGCCCAGGAGGCAGCUGGUUUGCAUGCAGAGGUCCAGGAGGGACUGGAGGUGUGACAGAUACUGUGAGCCCGGCAGGCCGCGCCUGGCUGGGUGCCUCGGUACUUGAAUUCUGUCUCGUUUUCCGCACUGUGUCUGCCCACCCGAGUUCUCUGUCGUCACUUAACUUUGCAUUGGAUUUGGUUAUUGUACUUUGCCCCUGAAUGUGGAUGAAGCUGUGGGCGAGAGGCCAGCAGGACCCGCCUGAGUGUCCCGGUGUUGGCGACUGUGGGUCAGGGCUCCUGGAAGGUGGGAGCCGGCUGCCUGGCCUCCUUUCUCCUCCAGGAAGAGUCAUUCUUUGGCAUUUGUGUUUGCCAGGAGGAAGGCGGAUGGUAGGGACAGAGGGCUGGUCGGCCCUCGGGGCUGGAGCCCUCUGAGGGGACUCGAGUGCCUGACCCUGGCCUGUCCUCAUUCGACAGCUGGAGCUGUAAGCACUGGCCCAGUCCCCCUACCCCACCCAGCCAUGUACUGCCUGGGUUCCCCUCAGAAGGGAAAUGUGUAUGGAAACAAGGUGUAUGGCCCAUGAACCAACUGAAAACUCCAAGAAAUCUCUGCCUCUGCCAGCAGCGAGUCCUAGACAGAAUCGAGAACUCGUAGCUGUCCUCAGCUGUAACUACUGUUUCAGAAUGUUGCUGCUGCAUAAAUUUGUCAUGUCAGCCAGCCGGCUCCGGCUCCGUGUACGAGUGUGUGUGUGUGCGUGCGCGCGCGCGUGUCUGUGUCUGUGUGUGCGCGUGCGUGCGUGUCACCACCGGAGCAUUUAGGGCUUGGUACAAGAUGUUUCUAAAAUGGCAAAGGUUUUUCGUGUUUGUUUGUUUUGUUUCUUUGGAAAAAGAAAAAGAAAGGAAAAUUAUGCAGAAUCGAAAGCAUUCAGAUUGGACGACCUGCUCGUAUUCCGAUCAGUCGCUUCCAUUGUUAGCAUCGUACACAUGAUUGUGAUUUUUAUGUCAAAAGAAGCCAAAACUUGCAAUACUAUUUUUAGCAGACAAAAAAAAAAAAAAAAAAGAAAAGAACUAAGUAUAAAAUGUAUAAAUAUUUUUGACUUGAACAUUUGGAUGGCACUGGGUGCAAGUAGAACAUCCAUCCUUCGGACGGAAUGUUUGGAAAAGAGAGACUUUUAAAAAGGAGAUGUUUGUUUUAAAGAGUCUGUUUAGGGGUUAAAAGUACUGUAACUCACGACUGUUAAAAAAUAAAUUUUCCUGUGCUGUAAAGGAAGGUUUCACAGUACCACUGAGUUAGAUUUCAGCCACAGAAGAUGCUUCGCUGUUUUUUUUUUUCUUGUUGUCAUUUUUUUUUUUGUCUUUUUUUUAAGGAGGAAGCCUUUGUUUUGUUUUCCUGAGCCCUCACUCUCUUUUUGUGCUGUUACUCGGUAGAGUCAAGACUGUUACUUUUUAGCCAUGGCUGACAUUGUAUCAAUAACUAAAACUGAAACAUCCAAAAGCGACCAGGGAAACAGAGGGCUACAAGCGUGCUCAGAGCCGUUUCAGACAGUGGAAAUCCAUGGCAAGGAAACAAAAGGAUGUGAUCAUUAAUUGUAAAGCGCUUUGUAAAAUUCACAUUUACAAAAUAAUAAAGUCAGUUCAAACCUAA